GUUGAGAGAAGUUUCUGAACAUAUUUUGUUGAUUUAAUAGGCCAUUUAAAACGAAAUGUCGAAACGAAAGAGAUUUUGAGCAUUCAUCAGGUUACUGGCGCAGAAACCCAAUCCUUUCCUUUUUAACUACUGAAGCUGGUUUUAUUGAGAUUUUGGAGACUGAAAACACACAUCUGGAGUCUGAAGGGCUGCGCUCUUUUAACCCUGCAGUGUGUGUGAUCUCGCUCACAGAUGGGAACAUGAGCAAGUGACAUCGCGACGCUCAGCGCUGGGACGUCUCCGCUCCACACAUUUCCAAAUGCAUGCUGGGACGAAAACGCCAUCAUGCAGACUCUGGCUAUUAUGAUGAUGAUGAUGAUGAUGAUGAUGAUGCCAUCAUAUUCAGCUCUUGCAGAUCAAAGUUUAAAGUGUCAAAAUGAUUUCCACAACACCUUCACAUGUGUUUGGGACACCUCAGAACUGGACGUAAUCCCUCCGGUCCGACCCGAGACCAAAUGCUGGAUUAAUGUAUCAGUUGAGAAGAUAUGGCAGGAUACAAAGAAGGUGGAUUUGAUCGCAGACCCGAUGCAGCCGCACAUACGCUCUGCCACCGUGGUCUUUGAAAGCAAGAGAGGUAAAAUGUCAUUAACGGCAGAAUUACAUGAAGAAGUCCGGUGUGAAAACUACACAAAUCCUGUGGCUGAAAUAGCAAAACAUAUGGGAAGCGAUAGUGACGUGAAAGUGGCUCCUGCUCAGACAUUGGAAGUUCAUGGGAUGAAUGUUUCUUGGAGUUUCGAUUCUUUAAAAACCUACUUGCAGCCUGAGUUUGGGGUCCAGUACAGAUCUGCUGCUCAGAGCUGGAAGGAUGUGGAGGACCUUAUCGGAACAACUACAGAAACUCAUUUGAAGCUGCAAGAGGACCGUUUGAUCUUAAAUCAGCAGUACGUGGUCAGGGUGAGAGUCAAGUAUCAAGAGAGUAAACUGCCCAAUGCUGAGUGGAGCGACUGGAGUAAAGAGUACAGCUGGACAUCUGCGGUGGGUCAGACGCCCCACACACCAGAGAUUCUCCCUCUGGAUUCCUUGGUGGCAGGAAUCACGCUGACGGGAAUCACUCUGGCCAUCAUAUUAAUCUUCACCAUUCUCAUCAAGUGCAAGAGAAUCAAAAGGAAUGUGGCUUGUUUCAGGGUCCAGAAGAACAGUUCCACGUUUAUUCCUGAUCCCUCCAAAUUCUUCGGUGAUCUGAACUCGAGCCACGGAGGGAAUUUCACGUCUUGGCUGGGGUCGGUUUUAGCGCACGAGGGCUUCAUCAGAGCGGACGCCGAGUUCAUCAGUCCGGUCGAGGUCCUGAAGCUGCAGGACGCCUGCGAUUCCCCAAGCACACGCAGAAACAGUGGCAGUCUGCAGGGGGACACAUGGGACAGCACCGUCAAAUCCUCCAACUUCUCAAACUCCACCUACUUCAUGUCCCAGAGUUCCAAGGGGCCAAGCGAUGCUCUGGAGCCCUGCUCAGCGCACUCCUCCUACGGGCCAGCAGGGGGCGGCAGCGGCUCCGAGACGCUUCCUCAGCGCAGCGCCGACGGCACUCGCGCUGCUGGAGAGCUGGAAUUCUCUCUGAAGACACUGGAGAAGCUGCGCCAGGACAUGCAGAGUCCAGAUUCGGGUUUCGCAGGCGGAGCCGAGGACAGCAUGGAGGAGACGGAGCUGCCCAGUCCUCUGGGCUUAAACCUGCCCCAGGAUCUGCCUGCGCCGGAGCCCUGCAGACACCCGCUCCUGGGCCUUCAGCGCACGAUUCCUGGAUUAGACCUGGACCUCCAGAGCUCCUGUGGGCUGAUUGAGCCCUCUAGUGACGAUUACAUGCCAGUGAAAAAUGUGCAGAGUUAGUGUUGAAGGCCAGAACGUUCACUCAGCAGUGGAUAUGACCUUAUCAGAGCGAAGCAAGCUUUGGGCUACACAGAAAUUGACAAGCUCAGUCUGUAACUGCAGUGAAAAUGAGAAAGCUUGAGAGCGAGUUUUUGCGUGUGAACGGAAGCGCUGUCUGUCAAAACAUGAGCGUUCGUUCUGCUCACCCUCAUGACUUCCACAAACAGAGAUGAUUCUGCUGGAGUGUCUGAGUCCAUUCAGUGACCCACAGCUGCACAGAAAGAGUUUCGCUGUUUCAGUUCCACACACGAAUGACUUCGAAAGACUAGAUUCAGAUGGACAACUGUUAUGAUACCUAUUCGUGACCCUGGAGCACAAAACCAGUCAUAAGGGUCAAUUUUUCAAAAUUGAGA